AGACAUUCUUUUGUUACUAAAUUGACGGGCGUCCAAGAAUCGUAGUAUUCCACAGCCGAAUCUACCGGUGGCAGCAAUUUUCUAGGAUAGAGAGAAAGUGAGAAUUCUAUUGUCGGCAAUUCAACCGCAUUCUGCCCUACACAAAAGUAUUGGAUCAACAAUAUUAAAGUAUUUCUAAGACAACGAAAUGGAUAAAGUACAGAACACGUUAUAUGCCAGAUUAUUUGCAGCCGGCAAGCACCUUGAACUGACGGAUCAAUUUAGGAAAUUAAAGACUGAUCAGGAACGUAUAGUAUUUACUCUGAAUAUAAUACGUGAAUAUGAUAUAGUUCCUAGCGCAACUGGUAUGCCAAAAAAUGCCAAAGAAUCUGAGAAAUUACGGGAGGAAGGCAAUAAAGUUUUCGUCAAAGGCGUCCUCAAUAACAUGACUUGCAUCAGUGCGCUGAAAUUAUACGCAAAGAGCAUAGCCUUCGCGCCAUAUCCAUCCGAGCAGCUUGCCCUUGGUUACGCCAACAGGUCGGCGGUUCUGUUUCAAUUGGGCCUGUAUCUGGAGUGCAUUCAGGACAUCGACAGAGCACUGGCCCUAAAUUAUCCCGACAAUCUGAGAGCGAAGCUUUAUCUGCGCAAAACGGAAUGCUUGAUGACGUUGGGAAAUCGUUCUGCGGAGGAUUGGCUUAAGGAGGCGCAGCACUGGCUGGACAAGAUGUCUCUGAAUGACACGAAUCGCGAAAAAUUAGCAACGAAGCUCGAUGUUCUGCGCAACAAGACUGCACAGACAGAACUGUGUACUACGAAUACAGAUGCGAAGGCAGCGGAACCUGCCGCUCUUCCUACUGCGGAAUCCCACAACGAUGAAGUUCCUUACGCCUCGGACGCGGUAGCCAUAAAAUACAAUAAGCGCCACGGCAGGCACGUCGUUGCCACUCGCGACAUUCAUCCGGGGGAGGUGAUCGCCGUGGAGAAGCCUUACUCGUUAAUGUUAGUGAUGGCAAAUACGCAGACGCAUUGCUCCAAUUGCUUGAGAGUAUGCUGGGCGAAUAUACCCUGUAACUAUUGCACUUACGCUAUGUACUGUUCGGAUGAGUGCAGAAGCGCCGAGUGGGAGAAAUGUCAUAGCAUAGAAUGCGCUGUAUUUCCCGCUUUGAUCGAAUAUACCGACUAUAAUCUCGACUUGUUCAGCGUGAGGCUCGCCGUGCUCGCUCUAAGAGAAGCCGAUAGCGUUAAGGAAUUAAGGUCGAUGCUAAAAGAGGUUGACGAGCACGAUGAUCCACGGACACGAGGUUUUUCCCGAGAUGGAAAAUUACACAGCGAUAGAUAUACUGGCGUGUACAGCCUCGUGACGAAUACGGAGAAGAGAUCCGCCUCUGAUCUCUUCAAGAGAUCUCUGGACGCCUCGUUCAUUUUGUACUUUUUAGCCACGCGCACUGUGAUAUUUGGUGCUAAACUACCCGAGGACUUGAGCGCGUUGGCGAAGAACGACGACGUCACAUUCGUCGGCGGUCUUAUUUUGAAACAUCAGCAGAUAAUUCCCAGUAAUAUGCACACUUUUGAUGAAACGCACGGUUUAGAGUCUGUAGAACGGGGUAUAGCCGCGAUGCCAUUUUGUAGUUUAUUUAAUCACAGCUGCAAUCCAAAUAUAUUGAGGGACUCGACAUUUGAGCAUAUAGUAAUGUACGCUAUGUAUCCCAUUCAAAAGGGCGAGCAGUUAUUGGACAAUUAUGGCAAGCACUAUGCCAUCACGUCAAAAGCAGCGAGGCAACAAGCACUACUGAAACAGUAUUAUUUCACCUGUGAUUGCAUACCGUGCCAGGAAGAUUGGCCUUUAUACCACGAAUUACAGUCCUACAAGACUUUAGUGAAGAAAUCGGAGGAUAAGGCUAAGAUAAAAAAGGCGUUAAGGAAAUUUAAUAUAUAUGUGGAUUUAGCGACUGAGGGCAACGUGCAGGAUAAGGCUUCUUAUAUCAUUAAAGACUUAUUGAAAAUGGUACAAGUAUUGCACGAUUGCGCGCCGAUGCCUUGCGAGGAAAUGAAUAACGUUAUCGAAACGUUGAAACGAAUAUACGACUUGAACGGGAAUAUAUAUGAGAUACCACAAAUACGAAAGUAAAUAUACGCGUUAUAUUUUUCGAUUGAUGAAAUGUUAUUGUUACUAACUUUUUUCGUGCAUGAUUAAUAGCGACAAGAAGUACACUUUAUAAGAAUUUUUUGAGAGAAAAAGAUUAAUACUUUUUACAUAUAUAUUUAUACAUAAGAAUUUCUUUGAUAGAA